GUUGAAAUUAGUACUAUUAUUUUUCUGAUUUUAUUUAUAAGCUGUUGUUUUAGGCUUAAGUGUUGUUAAUUUAUUAUUAUUGUUGUUAUUAGAGCUAUAUAAUUGAACCGAACUAAGAUUAGCUGUAUUACUAUUUUAUGAAUAUUUGAAUAUUGUGAAUAAGACUAUAGUUUUUGGUUUGCAUGUGUGAAGUUUUAUGCGUUAUACAAUUAAUUUUCGACUCCAUGCUUGAAUCUAAGGCACUGUUCGUUUGGUGUCAAUUCCAAAUUUUCGUUUCAUUCGUCGCCGCGUAAACAUAACAUUUUGUUACGAAUGCAACUCCUGAGGGAUCGUUUUGAGGAAGAAUUUAUUUCCAAGAGGUCACAGCUGAAGCCGAACAGACUCUUGAUAUAUAAAUGGAUAUUUAAUAGAAUAAAAUGAUUGUUUAAAUGUUAUUUGAAAAAGAGCACUUGGCUGUGUACUACGUAUGCAAGUUGUUUAGCAAAAGGUUGCGUGAGGAGGGAGGAAAAAUGCCAUGAUGCUAUGUUUCUUGUGCAUAUUCAUGUUAUUCUUUGCUUUACAUCUCAGUAAAGUAUAGUUAGUGUGCUGUGUGGAGUUAGGCAUUCUUGCUCUAUGUCUAUGGGUAUGGUUUUCCAUUUGCUUUAACACCGAAAAAGUCGACGGGAAGUGGGGGUGAAGAUUUUUUGUUAGCAAACCAACAUUGAAGAGAAUCUGUUUAAAGACAGGUCACCAAUUGCUUGCAUCAACGUGUAUCACUGCCAUUGGAACACAACUCAUAACUUCAAGCUUAAUUAAAUGAUUAUAAAGAUAAUGCAAGUAAUUUUGAAUAGCGUUAUCAAAAUUAUCCAAUUUGUACUUGUGAUUUUGCUUCCAAUUUGAGCUAUUUUGUUUACAGUUGGGAUUCCUGUUAUCUUAUGCGGCAUGGGUGGUGUAGGGUCGUAUUAUUCCUUUUACAUAGCUGCACACAGUUUUGUUAAGAAGUUCGACUUUAGAGAAAAUUAUAUUUCCUAAUAUUGUUCAAAUAUUCACGUUUUUAUUAAUCCUUCCAUUGAUGGACCGGGAGCCACAGUAAUGAUCAAUGGGUAUUUCAAACCUAUGACUUGUGAACUUUUAUGGCACUCUAACACAUCCAACUAUUUUCUUUUAAAUGUGAUUUUGUUGGCAGUGAUUUAUUAUAAAAGCUGUACCUUAAGUUUCCAUACAAUAAAAUAAAACAAAGAGAAAAAGAAAAGUUCUUAUUUUAAGGGCGUCUUGUUUACAUUUUAGCCUGCUGGAGUAAUUGAUAAUAUGCCAUUUUAUGACAUGUUAAAAAGAGAGAAGAAAUCUAUGCACAUUUGACCUCAGUCUUUGUGGAACAUCAUCUUUGUAUGAUUGACCAUAUGUAUAUUUCCAUUUGUACUUGAGUUUUUACAAAGUUCUGUUAUUUUCUGGUUUCUGGAACGAAGGGGUAGUUUUCUGGUAUCUUUAAAUGCCAUCAUCCGGAAAAUGCUGUUUCUCAUGAAUCGAUAGGCUUUCUUUAGCUGCUGAUAGGACCCCGUGUAUGAAAUGCUAAAAUCAAAUAAUCAGUGACCAAAUUGCUUGAGAAACAACGGGCUUAAUGGUCUUCAUUAUUUCACAAAAUGCCCCCUUCAACGUCACUAGAUAAGUAGCCUUUUUUAUUUAUAAUUUCAUUAAUCUAAUUUUUUUUUAAUCAAAUUUAGGCGACUGGCCCAUAAUUUGUUUAUGCAGUUUUGCAAUUUUAUGUAGCUAUAUUCUUUCCCAAUGAUCCAAAACCUCCCUUCUUUUGUGCAUUUGAGUCCCCCUCCAGUCCAAUGUGUCAGCUUCUCUAUUAUCAGACAAUGGUCUAAGUAUCAUCAAAGUGAAGACAAGAAAAGAGGGGGCGGUUUUAGGAAAUUAUGCUGUCUUUCUCCUCAACUUCAAGAAUUCAUUGGGGUGCCUCAGUUACCUAGAACAGAGGUUGUCAAGCAAAUUUGGGAGUACAUUAAGGGAAAAGAAUUGCAAGACCCAAGUAAUAGGAGGAAUAUAAUUUGUGAUGAAUCAUUGCGCACCCUUUUUGGUGUUGAUUCUAUUGACAUGUUUCAAAUGAAUAAAGCCCUAGCAAAUCACAUUUGGCCCUUGGAUUCAAAUGGCGUUGCUCCAACUGAGUCUGAGUUGAAAGAAAAGUCAGAGUUGAAAGAAAAGCAGCGCAAGGCCAAGCAAGAGAGAGAAGAAGUUGCCCCAGCCAAGUCUAAGCUGAAAAAAAAGAAGCGCAAGCAAGAGAGAGAAGGAGAUUCAGAUGAGCAAGAAGGAAAAGAAAAACGACAGAAGGCUGAAAAAACAGGUUUCCAUGCUCCCAUUCAACUUUCAGAUGCUCUAAUAAAGUUUUUUGGCACGGGAGAAAGUGCAUUAGCACGCUCCAGCGUCAUCAAGAAAAUGUGGGAGUACAUAAAGCUGAACAACCUUCAGGACCCGUCCGACAAAAGGCGAAUAUUAUGCGAUGAGAAGCUGAAAGAACUCUUUAAUGUGGACACCUUUAAUGGCUUCACUGUUACAAAACUCUUAUCUCCUCAUUUUAUUAAAACUUGACAUCGAGUAGUUACCCCACACAAAGCUAUGAUUUAGCUCAAAACAAAGAAAAUGAGGGUUUUGUGGUUAAAUUUUUUUGCGGUUACUAAAACAUACAUUUUUUAUAAAACGGUUACCGACAUUUCAUUUGUUAUAUUUUGGUAAUUGAACUUCCAUUUUCCCAACAACGCAAGGUUAUCUGAUCAAUUUCGACCAAUAAUUGCUUAUGUGGCAGAUAGAUUGUCUACGUGGCAAAGUUGGAUUUUCAGCGAUCCUUCGGCCAUAUCGGCAAUUAUUGAGAGGAAUUGAUUGGAUAACCUUCCGUUGUGAAAAUGAAAGUUCGUAACAAAUGAAACGUUAGUGACCAUUUUGUAAAAAGAAUAUAAUUCACUAAACGCAAAAAUAUUUAACCGAUGAUUUUGCCUGCAACUUUCCAACUUUUUAUUUGUACUAAUUUUGUGCCUUUCUUUCAAAUGUUGAAGAACAAGGCUCAUAGAAACAUAAAUUAUUGACUUAUUUUGUAGGCAUUGGGACAUUUUCUCAUGUUUCUUCACAAGCUAUAUAUAUAAUUCAUCAUCUAUUUUUGUCUC